GACGGCCUACCUACGUCACAUCCUAGUAGUACGUUUGGAAGAGCGCGGUCAGUGUCAGAAAACUGCAGUUUUCUCACCUAAAACCGCGUGAAGUCGGGAAUCAGCCGAUUACAUAGUUAUAUUCUCACUCAACAUGAGUGACGACUCGGAUUCCCCUUCUGAAAGGGAAAUGAAGGAUUUCCAGUUCCGGCAAAUGAAGAAAACCAGAGUCUUUGACUCCCCCGAAGUUCUUCCAAAGGAGAGAUCCAACUUGCUAUGCCUCUCCAACAAAUUUGGGCUGACAUUUGUUGGACACGAAAGAGAACUAAAAGUGUACUUCACCCGGGACAUUAUAGCCUCAGAUAAAGUUGAAGGCAACUCCAAUGAAAUAGUGGAGGGAAUCGCUGCACUGGUGGAGGCUCCUGUGGAGUUGCCCCUGCACCACCUGGCUCUUAGCAGUGACGAGCUCACUCUGUCAGUGUGUGGCAUGUCAGAGGAGUCUGGCCUCUUGCUGGCUUUCUUUGAUGUCCGCAUCUUUAUCAACAAGGCCAGACCUCAAAAGUUACCAUUUGCGUCAUUGAGACCUGCAGCGUGCCCUGGCACCUGUGUCCAGGACCUGAAAUGGAACCCUGUGCAGGCGUCAAUCCUGGCAUCUUGUCUAUCUGACGGCAGUAUGAUGGUGGUAGAGGUGACUGGCAGUGCCACAAUUCAGGCCCAGCUUCCCUCUGUUGCGGGCAUUACAUGCCUAUGUUGGAGUCCCAAAGGAAAGCAAGUAGCUGUGGGAAAAAUGAAUGCCACCGUCAGCCAGUAUACUCCGACACUGCAGGAAAAGAAAGUCAUCCCAUGUCCAAGCUUUUACAGCUCUGACAACCCUGUCAAAGUGCUCGACGUGCUGUGGCUGAGUACGUAUAUGUUUGCUGUGGCAUACGCUGCUGCUGACGGCUCCCCCGAGACCCCUCCAGAAUUGGUGGUUGUGUCCCUGCCAAAAAAAGAGGAUAAGAGGGAAGAGAGGUACCUCAACUUCAAUGACCUGGUGUAUGGUACCUGUACCGAGAGGCAGCACCACUACUUUCUUAGCUACAUUGAAGACUGGGGCAUUGUUCUUGCUGCAUCUGCAGCGUCCAUUGAAGUCAGCAUCAUUGCCAAGCAAGAGGAUAAGACUAAUUGGGAGCUGUGGCUGCUGGAGGAUGCCAGUCGAGGAGAGCUGCCUGUCACCCAGACCAACGACGACACACUGCCUCUGGGUCUAGCCAUAGACUACACGAGCCAACAGGAGAUACACAUCACGGAUGAGAAAACUCUGCCCCCUGUGCCCACCCUGCUGAUACUUUCCACGGAUGGGGUUUUGUGCCCCUUCGCUCUCCUCAACCUCAACCCUGGCGCCAAGCAACUUGUCACACCUCCUGUCAGCCUGACCCUGGAUGGGGAAAGGCCCCUCCCUGCAGUUUCUGUCGCUGCCCUGCCCACCAUCAAGCCCAGCCCUGGCCUCCCUCCAUCCACCAUAGCAUCCCGCCCUUCCUCAGCUGCUAUGGCCACACCUUCCCCAUCCACAGUCUCGUCCCCCCCCCCCUUCGCUGCCCCCACCUCCUCAUCCUUCUCCCUUCCCCUUUCCUCCUCCGUGGCUACCUCCUCUGCCUUCUCCUUUGGGGGGUCGGUCCCAGCCUUUGGCUUGGCCACAGGCUCCACUGUUCCCUCUGGCUUCUCUUUUGCCACUGAGCUCCCCUCUGACACCUCGUCAGCCUCCGCCUUCUCGUUCAGUGCCCCCUUGGUAAAGCCGCAAAUGGAAGCGGCCCAAGCUCCGGCAUCAGUCGCCCCCACCCCCCAGUGCUACGCAACCGCGUCUCCCAUGAUUGUUCAAAGGGGCACGUCUGAGCCUGCCACCCCUGUGGUCAAGCUCAAUCUAAAUGACAGGUUUUUGGCAGUGGAGACUCCAGUUGCAGCACCAGCCUCCCAGACUUUCUCUUUUGCCCCCACCCAUUCUAUCUUCACUGAGCCAGUCAGCGAGACGAUUGCUGUUACCAAAACCCCCAUCAUUCCAGCCCCAGUGCGGCCAGUCCAAAUCAGCUCAACCUCUUCUGUGGGACAAAGGCCUGCCCCGUCCCAAACAAGUAAUCCUACUUCCCAGACUGCAGCUCUGGCAGUUAAAACUUUGGAAAAAGAACUUCAGCAGAGGAAGGACUCCGACCCCGUCAUGGCCGGCAUUCUGGAAGAGAUCGGCCACUUCCAAAAGGAGCUGGAUGAACUGAAGGCUCGCAGCAAUAAGGCAGACUUCCGGGUUGGCACCGGUGAGGAGAUGAGGGAGCUAAGGAAGGAAUCUGAGGACCUUCAUGUCUUCACCCUGGAGAUCAAAGAGACCACCGAGUCCCUACACUGUGACAUCAGCACGCUGAAGACCACCAUGCUGGAGGGCUUUGCUGGGGCUGAGGAUGCCAGAGCCCAAGGCGAGCUCAACCGGGACAGGGGAUACCUCCAGUUGAUUUACAAGAAACCCCUGGACCCACGCAGCGAGGACCAGCUCAAAGAGAUCCGUAGACUGUACCAGUACGUGAAGUUUGCUGUGGAGGAUGUGAACGAUGUGCUGGAUGUGGAGUGGGAGAAGCACUUGGAGAAGAAGAAAAAGCAGAAACACAUGAUUGUGCCGGAAAGAGAGGCCCUGUUCACAGCCCUGGCCAACAAUCUGGACAUUAUCAACCAGCAGAAGCAGAGGCUGGAGCAGCUGGUGAAGGAGCUGCAAACCCUGCGGCUGUACAGAGAAGCAACAGCCUGGAGUGCUCCACCGCUGCUACCUUCCCAGCCCAAACUCGCCCCUGCAGCCCAGACCACCGCUGUUAUACCCACCAACACUCAACAAGGUCAAGACAAUGAGCUGGAAAGUCUGAGGAACGCAUUUCUAAAAGCCAGCCUGGAGGCCACUCCCAAGGGCACCUCAAAAUCUCCAGCCAAGAUGUCUCCAGUUAAGCAGUCCCAGUUACGCAACUUCCUCUCCAAGCGGCAGACUCCUCCAGUUAGAUCAACUGCCCCGGCCUACCUGUCGCGCUCAGCCUUCCUCUCCCCCACAUACUACGAAGACCUGGAUGAAGUCAGCACCACGUCGUCCUUCUCCGAGGCCCAGGCCCUGGACCCCAACCACACCCAUCCAGAGCUGGAGGAGGAGGAGCUGGAACCUGAGCCUGCCCCCCUGCCUGUACUGUCCCCCGUGUCCGUGCCCAGGCACCCCACGGUGGUAAGGACCCCCUCAAUCCAGCCCGGUUUUGGAGCCAUCCAGUCCACGCCCUUCAGCAAGGUCCACCACCCCGGGCUGGGACUUAGCCCUAUCAUCAGCCCAGUUACAACCAAUAAGAUCCACAUGGGAGGGGCUGAUAGCACGGCACUAGCUACCAAAACAGUGAAACAUGGGGCCCCGCCCACUGAGAAAGCCACACCGGUCACCAUCCCUGCCCAACAGGCCGCAGCAACUGCUGCUCUCCGUAGGCAAAUGGCCAAUCAGAACCCAGCGUUCAGUGCUUCCCUGACAGAGCCUACGCUGAAGAAUAUCCCACAGGUGGUCAACGUUCAGGAUUUCAAGGACAAGGGACCACCCAUGCCUGUCUCCACGGUGAUCAGCUCCUCAGUCCCAGCUCCUGCAGCCCAGGUGGUCCAACAGGUCUUGGCGACUGUGGCCUCCACCAACCAGGCCAAACGGAAUUCCACUCAAGGAAUACUAAAGGUGUCCACAGAGGGUACGGCCGCCCCCCUUUCAGGGUUAGUGUUAGGCGACGCCCCCAAACCAGAUGGCCCAGUCCCCUCUACCGUGGCCCCAUCUCAGGGGAUGCAGAGCAGCAAGGCCUUCUCUUUCACAACCACGUCUAUCAGUGGCUUCAGUUUCUCAUCAGUGACCCAAGAAGCUGCAAACUCUCAAGUGAAGGAUGUGGCUAAAUUCUCCUUCAGUGGUAGCAGCAAUGCGGGCAAGAUGUUCUGCAAAGUGGAAGAGGGGCCUUUCUCUUUUACCCCCAAUUCCACCUCACCAGCCUUGGAAGGUGACAGUUUGCCCACUCCCCCUCCAAGCAUGUCAGGGGAGGCUGCCCGGCCAUCUUCCAUCAGCCCUGCACUCCCAGUGGAGCCCCAAGGGCCCAAAGUAAGGGGGGAGACCCUGGGGAUUUUCUCUGGAUUGAGAGUAGGCCAAGGUGACGAGGAAGCUAAAGAUGUCACCAAGCCAUCUGCUUUCAGUUUUGGACAGCCCAACAAUGAAGGCGGGCUAGAUGUAAGUGCUGGAGCGGUACACUUUCAUUUUGGAGCAGCCGUACAGCAAGGAAAACCAGCUGAGGUUGAGUCUGAAGCUAAAGACUUGUCCAAGACCACCAAACCACCCGAACCAUCAGCAGCCAAGCCUAAAUUCUCGGGGGCCUCUGCAAUGACAACAUCCUUUUGCAGCCUCUUGGCAACGGCCAUUCCCUGUUCUUCCCCCAAUCCAGAGGAGAAGCCCAAAGCCCCCACACCUCUGUUGGACCCUACCCUGUCCCCAGAACGCGAGCCAUCCCUUGAACCUCAGAGAGAAGACACUCCUCCCCUCUCUGCUGGUUCUGUCUCUGCAGGUGACGUACCCCCCACCAUCAACCCCGCACUCACUGCCUUGAUUUUUGAAAAAACCUCAACGCUCCACGUCGCAACCCCAUCAUUGGCCCCUUUCCUGCCAGUGUCAGUCACCCCGCCUACUAAGGGUGGCAUCACUCCACUCUCCCCCAUCGUCAAUCCUGAAUCAACCCAAGAAACCGCUCUGACUCCAAUUCCCUCUCCUCCCCUAACUCUGGAAUCUGCCCCACCACCACCUCCCUAUCACCCCCUCGCCACCUCUGAAAAGCCUGGGUCUAUUUGUGCCCAGCCCACUCCUCCUGAUGACACAUCCAUGGCAGUCCCCAACCUCACACUUGUCAUCAAUACUGCCGCCCCCACUGCCACCACCCUCACCCCGACCAUGGCUAACAUUGCGCCUAUAUCCUCGGCCUCAGUCUUUGAGCAGCCUGUUUUGAUUCCAGCCUCCUCAGCCCCUGCUCCAGCCCUAGCCUCGGCCGCGACCAGCUUCUGCACUCCCAGCUUUGGUGCCAAUACCGGAGGAGGAGACUUUGGCACCCAAACCUUAUUUGGACAGGGGGGUGGGUUUGGACAGCCUGCCCCUAAUACAACUGGCUCUGCUGCCAGCUUCGGCUUCGGCCAGUCGGCAUUUGGCCCCAGUCCUGGAUUUGGUCAACAUGUGGCAACUGCCACCCCUGUAGCAGCAUCCAGUAGUGCCACUACAACCGCUGAAGGGAGUUUGUUUGGAGGCCCCAUUGCAAGCAAUGCCAGCUCUUUCUCUUUUGGCACCUCCAACAGUGCCAGUACGGCGAACAGCACAGGGAUUUUUGGGCAGAGUGCCACCCCGGGCUUCGGACAGCAGAGUUCUGGGUUUGGGCAGGGGUCUGUUUUCGGGGGCAACACCACCACCACGUCUUCUACUGGGUUCAGCUUCGGACAGCCCUCAGCUUUCGGAAGCUCCGCCACCUCUUCAGUGUUUGGACAGCAGCCCAGUGGAGGGAGUGUCUUUGGACAGCAGCAGCCAUCUGGCGGGGGUCUGUUUGGGUCAGGCUCCACUGCCCCAGCCGCCCCUGGUUGUGGGGUUUUUUUUAGUGGCCUGGGGGGAAAACCUAGUGAUGAUGCAGCCAGCAAGAACCCCUUUGGAGCUACACCAAGCACCGGGGGCUUUGGCCAACCCAGCCAACCAGGUUCCAGUAGUCUGUUUGGAAGCAGCGGGGCCAAGACCUUUGGCUUCGGCCAGACCUCAUCCUUCGGAGAACAGAAACCCAGCGGUACCUUUAGCACUGGUGGAGGGAGUGUGGCUGCCCAAGGGUUUGGAUCCUUCUCCACCCCAGCCAAACCAGGUGGCUUUGGCAACGCCCCAGUGUUUGGUAGCCCACCAGCUUUUGGGGGCUCCCCGGCGUUUGGGGGAGCUGCAGCCUUCAGUUCCGCCCCCUCCUUCAGCAGUCCUAUGGGAUCCACGGCCGGCAAAGUAUUUGGAGAGGGUACAGCAGCCGCCAACAUGGGAGGAUUCGGCUUUGCAUCACCACAGAGCGGGCCAACAUUUGGUUCUCUAGCCAGUCAGAGUGCAGCGCCGUCAUUCAGCAGCCUGGCUCAGCAGCAGCCUGCUUCAGGGUUCGGAGCCCCCCAGCCUGGCGGUUUUUCGGGCUUUGGACAGUCUGGAGGGGGAGCCUUUUCUGGAGGAUUUGGGUCCACCAAUCCACUCACUCCGCGAUGGCCUGGACUACAAUGAGACUACUUUCUUUUUAUGUUUGCACCUUGAUCUACAUUAAUAUUUCCAAAUGUCUGUAGUUUUCAUGUUAAGAAAUGAACCAAAUAAAACACAUGAUGUAUUUUGA